UUUUCGAGGACUUCACUGUGAAACACUGCUCACGGCCUCUUGGCGCCGCCUGGUGGACAAACAGAAAACUACAACAACACAGGGAAGGCAGACAACAUGGCGGCUGCCACAAGGCUUACAUCAAGGUUGGCGCUGGUCACAGGUGGAGGCAGUGGGAUUGGACGGGCGGUGUGUCAGCGCUUCGCCUCUGAGGGGGCCUCCGUGGUGGUUGCUGACAUCAGCGAGGAGUCGGCCAAUGAGACCCUGGAGAGCCUGACGAGUGACCUCCGAGGACAAGGUCACAUGGCGACUGUGGUGGAUGUGUCGUCAAAAGAGAGUGUAAAGAAGCUGGUCACAAGUAUACAGACUCGUUUCUUUCAGCCUCCCUCAGUGUGUGUGAACACAGCGGGCAUCACGCAGGACAACUUCCUGCUCAACAUGGAGGAGGAUCAGUUUGACAGAGUCAUCCAGGUCAACCUGAAGGGUUCCUUCUUGGUCACUCAGGCAGUUGCUCAGGCUCUGGUGGCCUGUGGAGCACCCAAAGGAUCCAUCAUCACUGUGGGCAGCAUUGUGGGAAAGGUGGGAAACAUCGGACAGGUAAAUUACUCCGCCUCUAAAGCUGGAGUGGAGGGUUUAACCAGGACCGCGGCCAAAGAGCUCAGCAGGUUUGGGAUCCGGUGUAAUUGCGUGCUGCCAGGUUUCAUAUCGACUCCGAUGACGGAUAAAGUUCCAGAGAAGGUUAUUAACAAGAUGAAGUCUUUGGUGCCUCUGGGAAGGAUGGGAGAGCCUGCAGAGGUCGCGGACGUCUGUGCCUUUCUAGCUUCAGAUGACUCUCGAUACGUCACAGGAACCAGCGUUGAAGUGACAGGAGGACUUUUCAUUGGCUAAAGCAGCUGUCCGUCACACGGAUGAACACUAACGAGAGGCCUGUUCCUUCAUAGUUAAUUUAAUUAUUAAAAUGAUUAGUAAUCAUGUAUUAUAGAAUGUAAAGCCAAUAAACAUGUUUGUAAUAUUUCUGUA